CCAAAAAAAAAUGGCUCGGGACAAGGAGAAGCGGAGCUGCGGGCAGGUGCUGGCCGAGUGGCGGGCCUUCGUGUGGGACCCGCGGAGCCGCCAGUUCCUGGGCAGAACCGGCACCAGCUGGGGCCUGAUCCUGCUCUUCUACCUGCUCUUCUACGGGUUCCUGGCCGGGCUCUUCGCCCUCACCAUGUGGGUGCUGCUGCAGAGCGUCGACCCCCACGUGCCCAAGUACCAGGACCGCCUCGCCACCCCCGGGAUGAUGAUCCGCCCGCGCGCCGAGGGGCUCGACGUCACCUUCAACGUCACCCAGAGCCAGACCUGGCUCCACUACGUCCGCGCCCUGCACCAGUUCCUCGAGCCGUACAACGACAGCGUGCAGGCCGCCCGCAACGCCGCCUGCACCCCGGGGCGCUACAACGAGCAGCCGGACGACGGCGUGCCCAACUACCCGAAGCGCGCCUGCCGCUUCAACCGCUCGCUGCUGGGGCCCUGCGCCGGGCUGGGCCCCGCCGACGACUACGGCUACGGCGCCGGGCGGCCCUGCGUGCUGCUCAAGGUCAACCGGGUCAUCAACUUCUUCCCGGGGAGGAAUAAGAGCAUCAACGUGGUGUGCGCCGCCAAGCAGGAGGAGGACGCCGCCCUCCUGGGGCCCCUCCAGCUCUUCCCCCCUAAUGGCACCAUUGACCUCAUGUACUUCCCCUACUAUGGCAAGAGAGUGCACGUGAACUACACGCAGCCGGUGGUGGCGGUGCAGUUCACCAAUGCCACGGCCAACAUGGAGCACCACGUCGAGUGCCGCCUCAACGCUGCUGGCCUCCGCGCCGAUGACGAGCGCGACAAAUUCGCCGGCCGCGUCGCCUUCCGCCUGCGCAUCAACCGGGAUUGAGCCCCCCCCCAAUCUCCCUGCGCCGCCCCCCACCCCUCCAGCCAGGUCUAACCUCCCCCCCUUCUGCCCCUCCAGAUGCUCCUAAUAUAAGAAUAAUAAAUGUACAUAGAUAUUUUUUAUAUUCUAUAUAAAUUAAACGGUGUGGUAGGGCCCCGGCUUCUCUCCUCACCCCCAAAUGCCCGGGUUUUGCCCCCAGAUUUGCCUGUCUUUUGCUUAGGAGCGCCGAUGCGGGGCUUGCUUUGGCGGCGGCUGGGUGGUUUUUAGUUUUUUUGGGGCUUCGUAGGUAGGUUGGGUGAUGUAGGGUGAGGCCAAGAUGGCUGCCAGGCUGCCUGCCAAGAUGGUCGGCAUUGGUCGUGUGGACGAGGAGCAAGAUGGCACCAGGGUGGCUGCUGUUGAGCUUUGGGUGGGAUCAGGAUAGCUCCAGGCUACCGAGAUGGCCAACGGUCGUGCAGACAAGAUGGCUGUUGUUGUGUCAGUUGAGGCCAAGGUGGCCACCAGGCUGCCAAGAUGACCACCAGGCUGCCAAGGUGGCCACUGUUGGUUGCUUAAAUAAAGGGCAAGAUGGCAAACUAUGCUAGAGGGCCAUCGGUUGCGCUGAAGAUGGCUGCCAUGAUACCAAGGUGAUCACUGGUGGUUGUAUGAGUAGAGGGAAAGAUGGCUGCUGUGCUGGACAGCAGUGUUGCAGGGAUGGAAGAUGGCUGCCGUUGGCUGUGUAGGCUGAGGCGGAAGCGUCCUGGGCUUCAUGGACACUGCGUUUGAGCGUUAGAUGCGAUCAAGGUGGUGGCCAAUGCGGCCAGGUGGCUACCGCCAGGUGUAAAUAAGGGGCAAGAUGGCCGCCAUGCUAGCCAACAUGGCCACCGUGGUUGAGUGUCAUUCGAUGAAGGGCAUAGAUGAAGGCCAAGAUGGCCACCGUGGUAGAACAGUGCUGCCAAGCUGGCCACUGUUGCCCCAUGGACGUCCACCGUAGAUCCCCAUUGCUUAUGGCCACCAGGGCCUGGUGGCCAUCUUGAAUGGUGCCGUUGCUAUGGCAACCUGGUGGCCAUCUUGAACCCCAUGGCCUGCAGGGGUUGGUGGCCAUCUUGGCCACCAUCUUGAGUCCCACCCAGCCCUCUUGGGUGCCCUGGGUCAUGGUGGCCAUUUUGCCUGGUGGCCAUCUUGGCUACCAUCUUGUAGCCCCUUCCUCCCCCCACUAACAACCCCUCUGCACUGAGCCCUCCCCCUCCCACCCCAGCAGGGAGCGCCCCUUCGUUUUGGGGGGAAUUGAACGGUUUUUGGGUCCACAGGAGGUGAAAGUUUGGGGGGGCGUGGAUGGGGAGGAAAACCCCCAAACCCCCUCCCUAUUAAACCUGUGGUUUUUGGUGG